GACCUGUGUCAGUCAGUCGUCAGUCGGUUGUCAGGCCGGCGUGCCGUGCCGUGUCGUGCUGUUCGGCGCAGCGCUUUCAUAUUCUAACAUUUCUUCGUUUUCGGGAAUCGGUGUGAUGUAGUAGUAGGCGUAGUAGUGGUGGUUGUUGUGCAGGAGGAAGAACACGAAGAAAGGCAGAGUAGUGUCCAACUCUGUCCAAACCCAGCAGCAGCGCAAAGGGUUAGCGAGGUUAUGUGACACAUCCUCGGCGUCGCCGCGCAGUCGUCAUCGUCGUAUACCCGGUGGAGUCCAGUCGUCACCCGCCUUCGCGGGUGAGUACAAAUAUUCGCCUCAUCUAACUAUCGUCCAUCCCAGCCGCAACAUGCCUGUCGAAUGCGAUGUUUGCGGGACGAGUUGCGCUAGCCGAUCGCAACUCAACGUCCACAUGCGGAGGCACACCGGAGAGAAGCCGUUCAAAUGCGCCGUGUGCCAGAAGGGGUUUAUUGCCUCUGGAAAUCUGCGCACUCAUCUUCUGUCUCACACUGGAGAAAGACCUUUCGAGUGCAACGUGUGCCAAAAGACGUUUUCCAGGAAGUGCGAUCUGAAAGUUCAUGAACAAAUCCACUCUGGCAACAAGCCCUUCGAGUGUGACGUGUGCCAAAAGAGGUUUUAUACCAGUGGAGAACGGAAGAAACAUCGCGUAGUCCACACGGUUGACAGGAAUUUUGAGUGCCCCAUGUGCCUAAAGAAGUUUGCUAGACUUGGCUAUCUACGGGCUCAUCUUCGAAGACAUACAGGCGAAAAGCCUUUCGAAUGCACCGUGUGCCCAAGAAAGUGUUAUACAUCUGAAAAACUGCGGGAGCAUCUUCGAAUCCACACUGGAGAGAAGCCUUUUGUGUGCCCUGUGUGCCGCAAGACGUUUUCUACCCUUAGAAGUAUGAGGACUCAUCAUAAAACACACACCGGAGAGAAGCCUUUUGAGUGCAACAUCUGCCUUAAAAAGUUUGUUACCAAUGGAAAUCUGAAAAGCCAUCUACGGACACACACAGGCGAAAAGCCCUUUGAAUGCACAGUAUGUCAAAGGUCGUUUUCUACCAUUAGCGGAUUGCGGGUUCAUCUUCAAACCCACACAGGCGAGAAGCCUUUUGGAUGCACGAUGUGUCCCAAAAAGUUUACAUUGCCUGCAGACCUGAAAAAACAUGUUGUUACCCACACAGACGACAAGCCGUAUGAGUGCACUGCGUGUGAAAAGAAGUUCCGUUCAUUGGAAAAUCUGCGGAUUCAUCUUCGAGUCCACACAGGCGAGAAACCUUUUGAGUGCACCAUGUGUCAAAUGAAGUUUCCUUCAUAUGGACGACUAUAUCUUCAUUUAAAAACCCACACAGACGACAAGCGUUUUAAGUGCACAGUGUGCCGAAAGGCGUUUUUAUGGUCUACGGAUCUGGAGUUUCACCUUCGAACCCAUACCGAAUAUAAGCCUUAUGAGUGCACCAUCUGCCAUAAGAAAUUUUCCAGGUCUGGAAAUCUUAAUAAACAUCUCAAAACCCACACAGGCACCAAACCUUUUAAGUGUAGCGUUUGCCACAAAACGCUUUCUUCCGCUGAAGGAUUCCGCGGCUUCAUAACCGAACCCACACCCGAACCCUCCCCACACUUUCAAGUUCCAUCCAUUCCGGAAGGUCUACUUUCUGAUGCUAUGUCAAUAAAGAAACAUGAAACUGACUUUAUAUUCGCCUCAUCUGUCAUCCAUCCUAGCCGCAACAUGCCCGUCGAAUGCGAUGUUUGCGGGACAAGGUGCCAUCACCGAUGGCAUCUCAUCGUCCACAUGCGGAAGCACACAGGAGAGAAGCCGUUCAAAUGCGCCCUGUGCCAGAAGGGGUUUACCGCCUCUGGGGCUCUGCGUACUCAUCUCCGGACUCACACCGGAGAAAGACCUUUCGAGUGCAACGUGUGCCACAAGACGUUUUCCAGGACGUCGGAUCUGAAAGUUCAUGAACGAAUCCACUCAGGCAACAAGCCCUUCGAGUGUGACGUGUGCCAAAUGAGGUUUCCUACCCGUUCGGAUCGGAUAAAACAUAACUUAACCCACACCGGUGAGAGGCCUUAUGAGUGCCCUGUGUGCCUGAAUAAGUUUGGACGAGCUGGUAAUCUACAUACUCAUCUUCGAAUUCACACAGGCGAAAAGCCUUUCGAAUGCACCCUGUGCCCAAGGAAGUGUACUACAGCUGACAAACUGAAGGAUCAUCUUCGAACUCACACUGGAGAAAAGCCUUUUCAAUGCGUGGUGUGCCAAAGGAUGUUUUCCACAACAAGAGGGCUGAAAGCUCAUGUUAAAACCCAUACCGGGGAGAAGCCUUGUGAAUGCGACGUCUGCCCCCAAAAGUUUUCUACCAAUUCAAACCUGAAGAAACAUCAAGACGAAACCCACUCAGACGAAAAGCCCUUUGAAUGCACUGUUUGCCGAAAGACGUUUUCUUCGAUCAGGGCAUUGCAGGCUCAUCUUAAAACCCACACAGGCGACAGGCCGUUUGAGUGCUCCCUGUGCCAAAAAAAAUUUACGUCAUCUGGAAAUCUUCGGAUUCAUCUUCAAACCCACACAGGCGACAAACCGUUUGAGUGCACCGUAUGCAAAAAAAAGUUUGUUGCACCGUGUUAUCUGCGAAAUCAUCUUCGAACCCACACAGGCGACAAACCGUUUGAAUGCAUCGUGUGCCAUCGAAAAUAUGCUGUAUUGGGUUCUCUGCGAACUCAUCUGAGAACCCACCACUCAGACAAGCCUAAGCCUCGUGAGAAGUCUUGUAAGUCUUGAUUAUGUGCCAUAGUCUGCUGACUUUUUUCUUUAGAAAGGCUUAGAUUUUUUUCCUCUUUUUUGAUGCUAAUGUAGUUCACAUACAUAGUAGUUGUGUAAACAAGUAGAAAUAGUAAUUCCUUGAUUUCUUUUGUUUUUAAG